CAUAGUUGUCUGUCUGUAGCCUACAACCGGCCCCUCUCUCUGCAGUAUGCAUGUUCGCCAGGGGAUCCGCGAACCGCUCACGACCCAACGCACGUUACCGGUGAGAAACCCCCCAGCAACCAAUAGUCAAUCAUAGUCGAUUUGGAUGUGGCAGAUGCACAAGCACUUGAAUACGUUGGAAAGCCCGAGAGACCGGAGCAGCUGUGUGCAAGAGGAAUACUUGUAUUCGGGGGUGCUGCUCUCUACUUAACGUGGACAAUCAUGCAUGUGCUGUUUUGGGGACUAGGGUUUCUGCUAUUUCUCCCUGACGGUUUGAAUGUAGUGUUAUCAACGGAGAAAUCGCUAUUGAAUUCAAGAAAAGCUAAAGUGUCCGAGCAGCUUGGCGCAUACGAGAUUGUGAAUCCGGCGCGAGUGAAUGAAGCCGGUGACAAUUUUCCCACGAGUGUGCACUUCAAAAGGAAACGGCGGAGUGUGCACGAUAUCCAUGGCAACUCCUCUGAUCAAUGGGACUCUCGAACAAUCCAUUACAAAAUAUCUGCUUUCGGACAGAGCUAUCACCUCAACCUGACACUCGAGUCCGGAUUUAUUGCUCCGCUAUACACUGUGACAGUACUAGGAGCACUUACCGAUAGUAACAUCACGGAUUUCACACCGGGGGUGGAGGCGGAGGAGGAUACGGAGUAUCAGCAUUGCUUCUUUAAAGGACAUGUGAAUGCUGAAACGGAGCACACCGCAGUCAUCAGUCUCUGCUCUGGAUUGCUUGGCACUUUCAGGUCACCAGAAGGGGAGUUUUUUGUGGAGCCCCUUCACAGCUACAAUGGAGAACACUAUGAAGAAGAACACACCAAACCUCAUAUUGUGUACAGGAAGAAGGCCUCCAAGAAAGAGGCAGCCAGGGAGGACACUGCUUGUGACACAUCAGGACAUAAACACAGACACAAGAGGAACAGGGACAAGGUGAGGAGACCUCCGAUGGCCAACAGCAGCGACAUGCUGAAUGACCUGGAGAGCCUCUCUGCCAAUCCCCUCUCCAGAUCAGAAAGAGAGAGCAGCAGACGGCCGGCUAAUGAAAGCAGCGGUGACUCAGGACCUCACAGGAGAUCAAAGCGCUUCCUCUCCUAUCCCCGCUUUGUAGAAGUCAUGGUGGUAGCAGACAGCAAGAUGGUGGAACAUCACGGGAGCAACCUUCAGCACUACAUUCUCACGUUAAUGUCCAUCGUGUCUUCCAUCUACAAGGAUCCUAGCAUUGGAAAUCUCAUUAACAUUGUGAUUGUGAAGUUAGUCAUAAUCAACAAUGAGCUGGAUGGCCCUACCAUUUCCUUCAAUGCACAGACCACUUUAAAGAACUUCUGUAUCUGGCAACAGAGGCAAAAUCACCAAGAUGAGAACCAUCACUCCCACCACGACACAGCCAUUCUCAUCACCAGGCAGGACAUCUGUCGAGCGCGGGACAAGUGUGACACAUUAGGGCUUGCAGAACUGGGUACAGUGUGUGAUCCAUACAGAAGUUGCAGUAUUAGUGAGGACAAUGGACUCAGCACUGCGUUUACUAUCGCCCAUGAACUGGGCCAUGUAUUCAACAUGCCCCAUGAUGACAGCAACAAGUGCAAAGAGGAGGGGGUUAAAAUACAGCAGCAUGUGAUGGCGCCCACACUCAACCACUACACUAACCCCUGGAUGUGGUCCAAGUGUAGCAGGAAAUACAUCACAGAGUUCCUUGACACAGGGUAUGGAGAGUGCUUACUUGAUGAGCCCAUUUCUAGGCCAUACAGUCUGUCACAGCAGCUGCCUGGACGGAUAUACAAUGUCAAUAAACAAUGUGAAUUGAUAUUUGGGCCGGGGACACAGGUGUGCCCAUAUAUGGUCCAGUGCCGCAGGCUGUGGUGCACCAGCCCAGAGGGGGCCCAGAGGGGCUGCAGGACCCAACACAUGCCCUGGGCCGAUGGAACAGAGUGCUCUCCAGGAAAGCACUGUAAACAUGGCCAGUGCAUUACCAAAGAGCACGAUCCCACGCCAGUGCAGGGGGCGUGGGGAGGCUGGUCUCCGUUUGGCUCCUGCUCGCGGACGUGUGGCGGGGGCAUCAAAAUCGCCGACCGCGAGUGCAACCAACCCAUGCCCAAGAACGGGGGGAAGUACUGUGUGGGGCGCAGGAUGAAGUUCCGCUCAUGUAACUCAGAGCCCUGCUCCAAGCAGAAGAGAGACUUCAGAGAGGAGCAGUGUGCAGCCUUCGACGGCCGGCACUUCAACAUCAACGGUCUACCUCCUAAUGUGCGCUGGGUACCCAAGUACAGCGGAAUUCAGAUGAAGGAUCGCUGUAAGCUGUUUUGCAGGGUGGCUGGCAGCACCGCCUACUAUCAGCUCAGGGAUCGGGUCAUCGAUGGCACGCCAUGUGGCCCCGACACCAACGACAUCUGUGUACAGGGCCUGUGCAGGCAAGCGGGAUGUGACCAUGUGUUGAAUUCCAAGGCGAGGAGAGAUAAGUGUGGUGUGUGUGGUGGUGACAACUCCUCGUGUAAGACCGUGGCAGGCACCUUCAACAUGGUGCGCUACGGAUACAAUGAAGUGGUGAGAAUACCCAGUGGUGCUACAAAUAUUGAUGUUCGUCAACACAGCUACUCAGGGAAACCAGAAGACGAUAACUACCUCGCUGUUUCAAACAUCAGAGGGGAGUAUCUGCUCAAUGGAGAGUUUGUGGUUAGCAUGUUUAAAAGGGAAAUCAAACUGGGCAACACCAUCAUCGAGUACAGCGGAUCUGACCACAUCAUUGAGAGAAUCAAUUGCACUGACCGCAUCGAAGAGGAGAUCAUUGUCCAGGUGCUUUCUGUAGGUAACUUGUUCAACCCAGACGUCAGGUACUCCUAUAACAUCCCCAUCGAGGAUAAACCCCAGCAGUUCAUCUGGGACGCCUACGGGCCCUGGCAGGAGUGCAGCAGGCCCUGCCAAGGAGAGCGUAAGAGGAAGAUCCUGUGUAGUAGAGAGUCGGACCGUGUGGUGGUCUCAGACCAGAGGUGCCAUGGGGCUGCCAGACCAGCCAUGGUGACAGAACCCUGCAACGCAGACUGUGAAAUCAGGUGGCAUGUAGCGCGGAAGAGUGAGUGUACAGUCCCAUGUGGAGUGGGAUAUCGUACACUGGAGAUCUACUGCGCCAAACUCAGCCGUACCGAUGGAAAGGCCCAGAAGGUGGACGAGCGUUACUGCAACAGUCAACGUAAACCUGAGGACAAGGAGAGUUGCCAUGGAGACUGUAACCCGGCCGGUUGGGAGUACUCCUCUUGGUCAGAGUGCUCCAAAAGCUGUGGCGGAGGGUCCCGGCGUCGUGCAGCCGUGUGUGGGAAGUCCUCUGAGGCAGAAAGUGAUGAGAGUAAGUGCAGCCAGAGAGACAAGCUGACCACCGCCCAGAACUGCAAUGAGUUCCUGUGUCCCGUGUGGAAGACCGGAGACUGGUCUGAGUGCCCAGUGACGUGUGGGAAAGGGUACAAGCACCGGCAGACAUGGUGCCAGUUUGCGGAGGACCGACGGGACGACCGCUUCUGUGACUCUGCGUCCAAGCCUGAGUCGGUCCAGACAUGUCAGCAGCAGGACUGUGCCUCGUGGCAGGUUGGACCUUGGGGCCAGUGCACUACCUCGUGUGGACCAGGCUACCAGAUGCGAGCAGUGAAGUGCGUUGUGGGGUCAUAUGGGUCUCUCAUGGACGACACUGAAUGUAACGCGGCCACACGGCCUACUGACACUCAGGAUUGUGAGCUGGCCCAGUGUCCUGUCAGCCACCCAGUUCCCCCUGGGACCAAAGUCCCCUCACACCUUUCACACAAAACCCAGUGGAGGUUCGGCUCUUGGACACAGUGUAGCGCCACCUGCGGCAAAGGGACCCGGAUGCGCUACGUUAGUUGCCGUGACAUCCAGGGUGGGGUUGCAGAGGAUUCAGCCUGCUCCCACCUGGUCAAGCCCCCGGCCAGCGACGGGUGCAUUGUAGUGCACUGCGGACAGUGGAAGGUCCUAGAAUGGACAUCAUGCUCUGUAUCCUGCGGGCAGGGGAAGACCACUCGCCAGGUGAUGUGUUUGAAUCUCAGUGACCAGAUAGUGGAUGUGGUGGAGUGUGACCCUGACGACCGUCCAGCCUCAGAGCAGGAGUGUGCCAUGUCCCAGUGCCCUGCUCUCCGCUCCAGUGAUUCUCGACCCUUCCCCUCGCCCAGCGGGGGCGUCCGCAACAACCUGCCCACAGCUGCCGAUGGGCGCAGCGGAGGACGAACCCAGGCCCACCAAUGGAGGACAGGACCCUGGGGAGCGUGCUCGAGCACGUGUGCGGGCGGCUUCCAGAGGCGUGUGGUGGUGUGCCAAGAUGAGAAUGGUUAUGCUGCCAACAACUGUGAAGAUCGCUCCAAACCCAUCGAGCAGCGCUCCUGUGAGUCCGGACCCUGUCCACAGUGGGUCUAUGGGAACUGGGGAGAGUGUACUAAGCCGUGUGGUGGAGGAAUAAAGACACGGCUGGUGGCGUGUCAGAGGCCCAACGGAGAACGCUUUAACGAUCUGAGCUGUGAGAUUCUAGAAAAACCGCCUGACCGUGAGCAGUGCAAUACUCAUGCGUGCCCGUCUAACCCCCAUUGGAGCACAGACCCAUGGAGCUCGGUACGCUCGUAAAUAUACACAUUUUCUUCCGCCAUUUAAAAAAAAAGUCCCCUCAGUUCACUAAACACAGAGUUUGACAAACAAACAAUCAAACUUGACAGAGCAUGUUGUUUCUGUAGCGCUUACAUGCUGGAAACUCCACUUUCCAUUUCACUGUUACCCUUCCCUUGGCCCCAGAGACUUGUCAUCCUUUUAGAGACAGUUGGGAAUUGAUUUCUGUUCCACAUAAGAGACAGGACACACACACAAUACACACAACACACCAAAAAGUACAACAUAUGAAAAGGUUCAUUGACAGUUGUGACCAUAAGAACGCUUUCUCUGUUAUCAGUCUUAGUGUUAAAAAUGCACGAUCAGUUUGUAUCAGAAUCAAAGCUAGUUUGUAAAAUAUUGAUUUAAAAGAUAAUUUAUUACUUAAGAGAUUUUCUUCUUUGUUUCCUAUGUAUAUAGAAUUGACAUCCAACGUUUCUGUUAUUGCUCUUUGUAUUCGCACACUUAGUCAUCCGUUGUUCAUAUGCAAAUAUUGAUCAAUGUUUCUGUAUAUCAGGAGUUUAAGAUGCAUUCUUCUUUUUUGUUAACACCCAAAGAAUGGACAUAUACUCGAGUGUUGUUGCUAUUCAUACUCUUUUUUUUUUACGUGUGGCAAAGAAAAUGAGUUUUUAUGUACUCUAGAGAUGUAUACAUCAUUCUGAUGCUAAAGCUUUAUUGACCAUCAUAACUGUAAAAAUGUCAUUUGUCUUAAAGUGUGUAAUAUGCAGUUCAAACAAUAACAAAGCGCCACCCCCCCAACUCUGUUUCGGUAAACAUCUAAGGGGUGGGGCUGGAUAAAUGUAACCACUCUUAAUUGCAUAGACAGAGCUAUGGAUGCAAGGACUGACCAUCCAUGACAUGAAAAUUCUAGUUUUAACCAUGUUUUGAGGUUAUACAGUGUUUUGUUUACAAUUACAUUGUUUACGAACAAAGAAGUAAAUAAAGGUUAUAUUUUGGGUUCUGAUGGGAUUAGACAGUUAAACUAAGUUCCUUAGUUAAUAUAAAUUAUGUUCUUCAAGAAUCAAUGGCUAUAUAGAAUGACAAAAGGUUUUUUUUUAAUGGAUGUAGAAAUCUCAGAUUGCCCCUUUAAGGCACAUGCAGUUUUUAUAGAGAAUUUACUAAUCAUCGUCUGUUUACACCUUAUUUUACAGUCCACUAUUUACCUGCUAUUUAUUCAGAAAUGUCAAUGUAAAUGGUAAUUACAUGAUAAUGACCUAAUGAUUACUGUUUAGUAAUGUAAUUGCCGGGUAGGUAGUUACCAAUUAUGCUAAAUUCUUAAAAAGAAACAAUAGUGUUUCUCAGUUAAGACUAAGUCAACACCAGCUGAAAUAGGACUGUAGAAUAAAGUGAUAACUGUAUUAUUUGAUCAAUUAUGUGAUUCUUCUGGAUAAUAGUCAUUUUACCACAGCUUGAAGUCUUGACCCAGAUUCCUUCCUUUUUACUAGCACAGACAUAAGAACCCGGCCCAACCAGUAGGUCCAAGGCCCACUGCUCAAAAUGUGCUUGAUAUGAGUGUAUUUAUGUCAUGUUAGAUAUGUCUAUAUAUUCACUUUUGUAAAUAGUUUAUUUUGGUGCGAUCACCAGUGCUCAAUACACAUGUGAAAAUAUGCUAUUCUCAACCAUACCUCACUUGGAACAAACACAACUCAACUAGCCAUUAACUUGUACUUACAAUGGUGCUUUUGAAAAACAAGGGAGAAAUGAGAUAAAAACAUCAAAGAAUCACAAUAUAUUUUAUUUCAAACUUAAGGUCAUAAACUGUUUAUUGUGACAUAGAGAAAUGUAUGUAAACUGGUGUUUUGAGAAGUUGUUUAUAUUCUUUUUUUUGUCAUGUUUUUUUACGAAGAGUUGAUUAUUGAUUAUGUCCCUCGAAAAUAUUGUAAUGUUAGGUGAAAAUGUGUUGAAGUUUUUAAAAAGGUAAAGAUAACUUUUUAAGUGUGUUCGAUUUAUUCACCACCAAACCUCUGUCUGUUGGAGCUCAAAGAGAAUGCCCCAUGUCCGAGCUUUGUGAACACAGAGUUAGUGCCUGCGACCACAGGGAAAGUUUAUAGUGUUCUAUGUACCUGGAGCUCAUCUUCUGAGCCAGUCGUAUGUUUCUACCUCAUUCUCUUCUAACAUCACUCCCCACCCACCUAUUAUCUUCUGCCGGAGGGCUGCAUCCUCAUACACAUUCAUCAUGAUCUGGGGUCUGUGUUUUGUUCUACCUCAAUGGCUACGAGUGAAAUUGGGGUAGUGAAAGCUGAUCUUGGAUCUGUGGUAAAGGUGCAACCUCUGCCUGGAGCCCACCCAGUCAUUUCUAAGGCUAAUUGUAACCUCCUGGUCAUUAAUGUCUGUGCAUAUAUUGCAGACAUCACACAUUAUUUUACGGGUCUGUUAACACAGCUCUCAAGCAGGCAGUGAGUGUAUUUCUCACUACACCUUGUUCACUAAAGAAAACGAUCAUUUCUAACUGUCUCUAAUAUGAGUAAUGAAAAGGAACCAUAAGGUUUGGGUUGAUUAUGAUGAAUCCAAAAAGAGUGUGAGUAACUUUUUACACUACUUGAUACAACUCCACAUGCACAUAAGUCUCAUGUCACUGUGAAAUUGUCGAUAAUUUGAUUUGUAGAAUAAAUUGCAAAACACAGUUAUACAGUAUUAUGCAUGAUGAUACAUUUACAACUUGUUUGAUACCAACAGACUUUCAAAUACAUUUGUGUAUGUUUAUAUAAUGAUCUGUAUUUAUUUCUACUUCAUUAUAAUGUCAUGUCAAUAUUUAAUUUUAUAUGAACUUGCUGAAUUUAUGUUAGCUCAUAGAGAGGUAACGAUUAAAAUUAACUAGAGGUG